UUGAAGAUGCGCAUUGCUUAUACAGCGAUUCUCACCUUCCUGGUGUGUGAUCUGACCAUCGGAAGUACUGCUCUAGCCUCCAGCCUUGAACAUGAUUUGAAAGAAGCUGCUAUCGAGACUCAAAUCCUCGUCAACAAAGCCGACGUACAAUCUCUUAUUAAAUUAAUUGAAGUAAUUGAGGCGAAUAAGAUUUUACCAGAAGAGGAUCUUCCAAAGUGGCAUGCAUAUGCUGUUCAGUUAAAAUCUUGGAAUGUUACUAUCGAUGACGAUUAUAAUAAACCCCAACGCAGUCUUCUGCCAGUGCCAGGACCAGAAGAGUAUAGAAAAUUAGAUGAAUAUUCCAAUGGUGCCCACUCCAAAAUUGUAUCCGAUCUACGUAAACUCACCGCUCAAUAUUAUACGGCUUUCCAGAUUAAAGCAUCUAAUAUUAUAAAUACAGCAAAAGAAUCCGGAUAUACCAAUAUAAUCGUGGAUAGCUUUUUUGCUGAUUUUGCUAUAGCAGAAGGCGAUCGACGACAAAUCUAUUUCGAUAUUUUACUAUCUCAUCUAAUUAAGGGUAAAUCUUAA